AAGAAAUCGCAGUCCAAAUCUUUAAAUGCUAAAAAAAAAAAAAGUUGUCUAAACCCUAAAACCCCCGUUGAGUGAAGAGAAAAACUUCAUCUUUCAGCUUUAGCUUCCCUGAAGCUCUCCUCUCUCUCGCCAAUGGCGACAAUACCAGUUAACCCCAAACCUUUCUUGAACAAUCUGACUGGAAAGACUGUCAUUGUGAAACUUAAAUGGGGAAUGGAGUACAAAGGCUUCCUUGUCUCAACAGAUGCCUAUAUGAACUUGCAGCUGGCCAACACCGAAGAAUAUAUUGAUGGACAAUCCACUGGAAAUCUGGGAGAGAUUUUGAUCAGGUGUAACAACGUUCUGUAUCUUCGUGGGGUGCCAGAGGAUGAAGAAAUUGAAGACGCUGAACGGGACUGAGACGAGCAGUAAGGUUUGGUUAUGAAAACAGAUAUUUAAGUAAUCAAGAUUUUAUCUCUGCUAUUGUUGUUUAGGUGCAUUGUAUGGAGUGGUAAUGCCGGAUGUUUGAUUUUUGACAUAUGGUUCGUAAAAGUUGAAUGAACCAUUCGUUUCAUGUAACAAGGCUCGUAUCGUUGGAAGUUGGAAAUGAAAAACCUUUUUAGUGAUUUACUGCA